AUGCAUCCUGCACCGGGACUUGGGCUCGAUCCGUGUAUGCCAUCGAAUCUAGCUAGAGAAGGCAGCCUCAUGAAAGCAGUAAAAGAAAACAUUGCAAAAGGAGAUGCAUAUGAGUUGGCCAAGCUCCAUGUAAGGCGCCACAUGGUGGUUCACGGUCUGAAUGCACGAAAGGACACAGAGGAAAUUAAGGACCGGCUGUUGCAAGAAGAACUUGCUAAGAUGAACAUUUUUUCAAUCGGAUCUUCUAAGAAAACAGACUGA